AUGACGACGCAGAGCGAUGAAUUGGUGACACCCAACAAACCCAAGCGUAACGGCAAAACCGAUGAAAUCGUGCUCGAGUGGUUAAAACAGCGAGGCAACUAUGAACGAUUCCUUAUGGCUAGUGGUGUAGCCAAGCGCAAAGGUCGAACGAGUGAGUCAAAGCAUGACGUGGCAGCUUCAGUCUGCACCUUGUUGGAAAAUGCCGGUAUACAAGGUUGUAACCCGCAUGCUGUUACUGCCAAGCUGAAUGUAUGGAUCAGACAAUAUAAGCGUGCACUGGCUAUGGAAGCAUCAGGCGCUUCAAGAAAUCAGGUCAAACGUGCCUUCUGUUACUACUAUGACUUGGUGGAACACCUUGAAGAUGAAAGCUGUUUUGGUGAGCAAAGUCAAGGAGUGCAUUCUAUUCGUCCAAGCAAGCCGCCUAAUAGCAACUAUCGCCAACGACGCUGGCAACUUCCUAUUGCAACGCUGCAUGCUCCUCACUACCAAAUGAUGAAUCAGUUACUGCAACGUCAGCAGCAAAUGCUGGCUCAACAAACCCGUCGAGACCACCUUCAAGAACUCGAGCUGCAAGCAGCAUUGAUUGAACGUAUGACUGAGGCAGGAUUCACAAAAGAUGAGAUUGGAGAGCACUUUCGAAAGUUACAAGGCAACUACAGAAGAUGUGGCAUUGAGCCAAAUACUUCCCGACUACAUUUAUGA